AUGAAGAAGCUCGACCUAGUCGGGACCGCGGAUACUGAUGUCGAGAUAGGCACUAUUCACAACGAGCGUAUGCCCCAUUCCCUUCGCAAUCUAAGUCAAGAUGAGAUCUCGGAUCUCAACCGGAAGCUUGUUCGCAAAAUCGACUGCAUCGUCUUGCCAAUCAUUAGUAUCCUCUAUAUACUGAACUACAUCGAUCGUCAAAACUUGGCUGCAGCGAAGUUACAAGGUAUCAUGGAGGAUCUUGACAUGACAACUCAACAGUUUGCGACGGCGAUCUCGAUCCUGUUCGUUGGGUACCUCCCUUUCCAGAUUCCGAGCAACUUGAUCAUUGCAAAGAUCUCGAGGCCUGGACUUUACAUCUGCGUGGCUGUGGUCAUCUGGGGGUCGAUAUCUGCUGCGACGGCAGCUGUGAAGACGUAUGGUCAGUUGUUGGCUGUACGCGCUGUUCUCGGGGCGGCAGAGGCUGUAUUCUUCCCUGGAGCCAUGUACUACUUGUCAGCAUGGUACAACAAGACUGAACUUGGAAAGCGUAUUGCGGCCUUGUACAUUGCGCAACAAUUCGGUAACGCAUUCGGUGGCCUCUUUGCUGCUGGUGUCUUCGAGCUCGAUGGAAAGCAUGGCAUCCGUGCAUGGCAAUGGCUAUUCAUCAUCGAAGGCUCUGCUACGGUUGGCAUCGGCGGAAUCUGCGCCUUUCUUAUGCCAGAAUUCCCACAUAAUAGCAAAAUACUCUCCCCGAUUCAGCGUGAUCUUGCAGUCUGGCGCAUCGAAUCCGAGUCGGGCGCUGCAGAGGGUACCGAGAAAGAGAGUGUGCUGAAGGGCUUCAAGAUGGCGAUUAGUGACCCAAAGUUGCUGCUCCUCAUUCUAUGUAAUCUCCUCUCGCAGGCGCAAGGAUCGAUCGCCAACUACUUCCCGACGCUGGUCGCCUCUCUGGGUUACAAGGGUAACACCAGUCUUCUACUGACUGCCCCACCAUACAUUCUUGCAGGCAUCGUCUACUACGGACUUAUGUGGUACUCUGAUCGCAAGAACGCAGCGUAUCGCAUCAUCCUUGCGUGUAUCGCCAUCGCUUGUGUCAUGUAUAUCAUACCCAUGACGACGUUGAAUGUCGGUGCGAGGUACUUCUCCAUGAUGAUCCUCCCCUUCGCCUCCGUCGGACCACAGCUUGUACUGUACAAGACUAUCAACCUACAUCUUGCACGCCCAACUGCUAAGCGUGCAGCAGCGUCAGCGCUAGUCAAUGCCAUCGGUGGCACCUCCAAUAUUUGGGCCUCCUACCUCUACUACGCUCCACCACAGUUCUACACGGCCUUCGGUACGCUGAUGGGCUGUGCGUUGGCAUUUGCAGCUACCAUAACCUUCUACCGUUGGCUUGUUCGUCGAGAGAACAAACGCCUCGACUCUUGCGAUCCGGACCAGAUUGCGAAGGUCAUUCGAGGUGGCGUCACGGAGGAGAUGGUACAACUCAAUUGGCGGUACGAGAUGUAUUGA